CAUUCGAAAAAUCCAAGCAUCUUCAAACUCUUUCACUUGAAUUGAAAGUAAAUGACUAUGAGGUCGAUGUCUCUGUCAAUAUUUUUCGUGUUCUUCGUUUUUGCUGUUGUACAUGAAGGCCUUCAUGUCCAUGGCCCCUCAGGUCCAGUUGUGGCCCAACUGGGAGGCUCAGUUCUCCUGCCCUGCUUUAUUGUAAACCCACUCCCUCUGGAAGGUCUGCAGGUGGAAUGGAGAAAGAUGGGCUCGUAUUCUAUCAUAAACCAUUUCCAGCAAGGAAAAAGCAGACCAGAUCUCCAGAGUCAGCUGUUCAGAGGCAGAGUUGAUUUUUUUCCAGAUGAGCUCACAAAAGGGAACUUCUCCAUCUUGCUCAAAAAUGUGGUUGAAGAAGAUGCUGGAGGUUACAGAUGUCAAAUAAAUACAACCCAAGAUUCCAGUGAGGUCCAAAUGGAAAUUAAAAAUAUCAGGAGUCUUGUGGUGAUGGGGGUAGACCGAGCCAUCUUUGCCGAUGGUGGUCAGGAUGUCACACUGAACUGCUCUGUUGAUUCACACGUCCCCAUCAGUGAGAUAGAAGAAGUGACCUGGAAAAAGAUUGACAGAGACCAAGAUAUCCUUGUCCUGCUUUAUCAAGACAGUGAGAUCUUCCCAGACUCCUCACAUGAGCGUUAUCAGGGGAGAGUUGAGUUCUUUUCUUCUGAAAUCCCCAAAGGAAACUUCUCACUAAAGCUGAGGGAUGUAAAGGUGGAAGAUAAAGGAGAAUUCAUGUGUGAGGUUCAUACAAGGAACAUGUCAGGACAUACCAUUGUGCUCCUGCAAGGUGUAGGUUUCUCUGCACAUCAUAUAGCAGUCUUGGUGCUGUGCUCUGUUACACUCUUAUUUGCAAUAGGAUUUUGUGGUCCUGUUUUUAUCGUGCUGAGAAAGAAAGUUGCUAGCAAAAAGGACAUGAAAAGGCAUAUUUUUCUGAUUCUCUGUCCAAACAUCUGCAUGUUUAUGACUUUCUGCUUGUGGUCAACAGAAGGGAUUCUCUCUGAGGUUAUCGCAUGUUCGAUUGUCAGUAUCAUGAGACCUGUUAUCCUGAUGAAAACCUCUUCUUAUCUUGGCAUAUUACCACAGUGCUUAAAAAAAGCAGUGAAGGCUUUGGCUAUUCCCCUUUAUCAUUCAAUGAUCACAUUGGCCGCAUGUUCAAUUUUCUUUGGAAACCUUGCCCGGAUUCAGAUAGCAUCUGGACACAUUGUAACAAUCCUGGCAGUCUUAGUAGUGGUGAUUAGCAUCAGUGCAGUUGUAUUAGCUGUCUAUGGGCUCCAGAUGCAUCUGACUAUAUGCCUAGAAAUAUUCAACCUUGCACUGCUUGGAAUUCUUCUCAGUAACAGUAACAGCAAUUUUGACUACAGCUUUGAGAUAGCUUCUGUAAUAACACCUCAGAUCAUAGGAAUGAUGGUGGUUCUUUCUCUACAAAGGCACCUUUUUCAAGGAAAACCUUUUGGACGUGUGUAUAUUGCUGUGUCAUCUAUUAUUUUGACUCUAGUCAGCCUCUGUACAAUUUCUGUUUAUAUUCUUCUGUCGAUCACUAUGAAAGAUUUUGCCAAAGCAUGGGUUCUUCUCUUUGAGAGUGUAUUGUAUCUAUUUGCAUGGUUAGUGGUGAUCUAUUUAUUGUGUUGUCACCAAACACAUAGACGAGGAUGCUGCUCUCAAUGGAGAAAAAUAGGGUAUUUAUGCUGCUCGAUCAUUGUUGCAUUUUUGAUCAUUGCAUGUGGUGCAGGGUCCUUUCAUUAUGUCAACAUUAUCAUGGAAGAUAAAGAUCAUGCUGGAUAUUUGGCACUGAUAGCAUUGGUCCAUGUUUUGGCAGCAGCAUGCUUGUUCAAACAUCCAAAAUAUUUACCUGGUUUGCUUCACACUAUGACCUACAUGUUUGGAGCUGUAGGUCUCAGUACUAUAAAUGCAAUCGCUCUCGCCACAGAGCUGAUCCUGAAAGCAGUGAAAGGAACACGAAAUAUAGAAGACCUACGUGUGAUUGUUUUGCCACUUGAAACGGUGUUUCUAAUUGCUUGGCUCGCUUUGCAGAUCUACGAUGCCUGGAUGAGAUUGAAAGACAGAAUAAAACGGAAUUUCGAAGACGAGAAAACAGCAAGACCUGAGACCGUUCCGGAGACGGAGCAUCUCUCAAAUCCACAUCCUGAUCCUCACCCUGAUGAAUCUGAGGUGAUCAGUAAAUUAUAAGCUCCAGAAGUAUUCUUGUUCAUGUUCUGUGAGAAGAAACCGGACACCUGGAGUAACAAGACGUCAUCCCUCUGUUUUAACACUGUUUUAACAAACUUGUUGACAUGACAUUUAAUGAUCUACAAGUAAGCGGAAAUCAUUUGAUCAGAGCUGUUUACCUCACACUGAAGGAUUUUAAGUUUUGUGGAUUUUUUUUAUAUUGUUUGUACCAUAAAUUUGGAUUAUUCUGUGUAAACGUUACAUUAACUUUAUCAUUCUAUAAAUAAAGGUGCUUCAAUUGAACCAUGUA